AUGGUCGACGUCCUCCAUCACGGAACAGCAUUCGAGCCUGGAAGGGUUGUAAACCUGGCUAAUCACUUCACCCUCGUUUAUCUGAGAGUCGCCGCUCAACCCACCCGCCGUUCAGCCCCCCCCCCCCCCCCGCCGCUCAGCCCCCCCCCCUGCCACUCAACCCACCCGCCACUUAACCCACCCACCGCUCAGCCCCCCGCCGCUCAACCCACCCGCCGCUCAACCCACCCACCGCUCAACCCACCCGCCGCUCAACCCACCCACCGCUUAGCCCCCCGCCGCUCAACCCACCCGCCGCUCAGCCCCCCCGCCACUCAACCCACCCGCCGCUCAGCCCCCCGCCACUCAACCCACCCGCCGCUCAACCCACCCACCACUCAACCCACCCGCCACUCAACCCACCCGCCGCUCAACCCACCCGCCGCUCAACCCACCAGCCGCUCAAACCACCCACCGCUCAGCCCACCCACCACUCAACCCACCCGCCACUCAACCCACCCGCCGCUCAACCCACCCGCCGCUCAACCCACCCACCGCUCAACCCACCAGCCGCUCAAACCACCCACCGCUCAGCCCACCCACCGCUCAACCCACCCACCGCUCAACCCACCCGCCGCUCAACCCAUUCACCGCUCAGCCCACCCGCCGCUCAACACACCCGCCGCUCAACCCACCCGCCGCUCAACCCACCCACCGCUCAACCCACCCACCACUCAACCCGCCCGCCGCUCAACUCACCCACCACUCAACCCACCCACCACUCAACCCACCCACCACUCAACCCACCCACCGCUCAGCCCACCCACCACUCAACCCACCCGCCGCUCAACCCACCCACCGCUCAGCCCACCCGCCGCUCAACCCACCCGCCGCUCAACCCACCCGCCGCUCAACCCACCCGCCCCUCAACCCACCCACCGCUCAGCCCACCCGCCGCUCAACCCACCCACCACUCAACCCACCCACCACUCAACCCGCCCGCCGCUCAACCCACCCACCACUCAACCCACCCACCGCUCAACCCACCCGCCGCUCACUGGAAGUCACCGUAAAGAGAAAUAA